CUGCCCGCCGCCCGUGUGCGGCGGCGGCUGCCUGUCCUCCCCGGAGCGGCGGGAGCGGAGCCCGCAGGGAGGGUGCCGGCGGGCGCGGACACCGAUGGCUUCGCUCUACCAGCGCUUCACGGGCAAGAUCAACACCUCGCGGUCCUUCCCGGCGCCCCCGGAGGCGAGCCGCCUCCUGGGCGGCCAGGGGCCGGAGGAGGACGGCGCGGCGCCCAAGCCCCCCGGAGCCCAGGCGCCCUCGGCGGUGCCCCGGGAGCGCGGCGGCGGCGGCGCGGGCGGCCGGCCCCGGUUCCAGUACCAGGCGCGGAGCGACUGUGACGACGAGGACGAGCUGGUGGGCAGCAACCCUCCACAAAGAAACUGGAAAGGCAUAGCGAUCGCCCUGCUCGUCAUCCUGGUCAUCUGCUCCUUGAUCGUCACCUCUGUCGUGCUGCUGACACCAGAUAAAGAAUUCAUCUACAGAGAACAGAAAGGAAGUGUGAUACUGCGGAAUGUGGAAACAAAUACUUCUACAGUGUUAAUAGAAGGCAAAAAAAUUGAAUCGUUAAGAGCCGUCAGAUACGAAAUAUCCCCAGAUAAAGAAUAUGCUCUUUUUUCGUACAACGUGGAACCAAUAUAUCGACACUCCUACACUGGAUAUUAUGUCCUGAGCAAGAUUCCUCAUGGAGACCCUCAAAGUCUAGAUCCACCGGAAGUCAGCAACGCGAAGCUUCAGUAUGCAGGAUGGGGUCCUAAAGGCCAACAACUGAUAUUUAUCUUUGAAAACAAUAUCUAUUACUGCGCACACGUUGGGAAGCAGGCCAUUCGCGUGGUCUCAACCGGGAAAGAAGGUGUGAUUUACAACGGCCUUAGUGACUGGCUGUAUGAAGUGCCUGCGUGUUCCAGGGAGUACUACAUCACGAUGGUGAAGUGGGCGACCAGCACCAAGGUGGCCGUGAACUGGCUGAGCCGGGCGCAGAACGUGUCCAUCCUCACCCUCUGCGAUGCCACCACGGGCGUCUGCACCAAGAAACAUGAGGAUGAAAGUGAAGCCUGGCUCCACCGGCAGAAUGAAGAACCAGUGUUCUCCAAGGAUGGCCGGAAGUUCUUCUUCAUCAGAGCGAUCCCACAGGGAGGACAAGGGAAAUUCUAUCACAUCACCGUGUCCUCGUCCCAGCCCAACAGCAGCAACGACAACAUACAGUCCAUCACCUCCGGGGACUGGGACGUCACCCAGAUCCUGUCCUACGAUGAGAAGCGCAGUAAGAUCUACUUCCUCAGCACGGAAGACCUGCCCCGGAGACGGCAGCUCUACAGCGCUAGCACGGUGGACAGCUUCAACAGGCUGUGCCUGUCUUGCGACCUGGUGGGCGACUGCACCUACUUCAGCGCAUCCUUCAGCCUCAGCUCGGACUUCUUCCUGCUCAGGUGUGAAGGUCCUGGAGUCCCUACGGUGACGGUGCACAACACAACAGACAAGAAGAAACUGUUUGACCUAGAAACAAAUGACCAUGUACAGAAGGCCAUCAGUGACCGGCAGAUGCCUAUAAUAGAGUACAGGGAAAUCGAGAUUGAUGACUACAAGUUGCCUGUUCAGGUCCUCAAGCCAGCGACCUUCACCGACACAGCCCACUACCCGCUGCUGCUGGUGGUGGAUGGCACACCAGGCAGCCAGAGCGUGGCCGAGAAGUUUGAGGUGACCUGGGAAACAGUGAUGGUGAGCAGCCACGGGGCCGUGGUGGUGAGGUGCGAUGGCCGAGGCAGCGGCUUCCAGGGGACGAGGCUCCUGCACGAAGUGGGGCGGCGCCUGGGCUCCCUGGAGGAGCAGGACCAGAUGGAGGCUGUACGGAUGAUGCUGAAGGAACAGUACAUCGAUAAGACGCGAGUGGCCGUGUUCGGGAAGGAUUACGGAGGGUACCUGAGCACUUACAUCCUCCCAGCAAAGAGUGAAGACCGGGGCCAGGUGUUCAGCUGUGGCUCUGCCGUCUCCCCAAUCACGGACUUCAAGCUCUACGCGUCUGCCUUUUCUGAGAGAUACCUGGGCCUCCAUGGACUGGACAACAGAGCAUAUGAGGUGACCAGGGUGGCGCACCGCGUGUCAGCGCUGGAGGAGCAGCGGUUUCUGAUCAUCCACGCCACUGCUGACGAAAAAAUCCACUUCCAGCACACAGCAGAGCUCAUUACACAACUAAUUAAAGGAAAGGCUAAUUACAGCUUGCAGAUAUACCCAGACGAAAGCCAUUACUUCAGCAGCCCCUCGCUCAGACAGCACCUCUACCGGUCCGUCAUCGACUUCUUCGUGGAAUGCUUCAGGAUUCAGGACAGAGGCCCGGCGGCCACAGGGAAAGAGGAGGAGGACUGAUGGGAGGCCACCCGGCCCCGCGGCUCUUCCAGGAGCAGUGUGACGGGACCGUCCCUCCCCCGUGGAGGCUGGGGGGCGGGCGGCGCUACCUUCCAUAGCAUGCGUGUCUCGGCCCAAAGGCGUUUCUGCUUCCCCGGCGGAGGUGCGUCAUGGCUCCCGAGUGCCGCCACGAGCCUGGGGCCCGCACAGCCUCGCCUCCUCCUGGCCCCAGAUUGGAUGGCACCACCCCGGCCCUUCCCCGGGGAACAGCGCACAGGACGGACCGUGUGAAGAGACUGCCCCCGAUCCCAGCUCUCGGCAGUAGCAUUAAGACCUCCCUCGGCUAGAGUGUGUGCCCACGUUAGCAGCCUUACCCCCUGUCUGAUGCAGCCGCGCCGUGGGGCAGCUACAGCACAGCUCCUGGCAGGACUCCUCUUGAAUGGGCUUGCUCCUCUCAGUAGCGACACUCAGCCCUCGAGGGGCUGUGCAGAGAAUUUCUGUAGCUAUGCUAAUGGUUAACCUUAAGGAAUUAAUUCGUAUUUUUCUAUAGUUUUUACCCGGCACUGUCUCGGUCGUGGGCUUGUUUUGCUCUUUUGUCAUUGUAGUCGGCUUUGUUUUCCUUUGUUUUCUUCGGUCAAUGUGCAGCUUUGCCUUGUUGGGAUAAAGAAACUGAUCAGAAGUGACUAACCCCUCUUUCCUCAAGGUCAUCUUUAGACUUUGUGGAGACAAUUCAAAAGCUGAGAUGCAAAAAUAUCCAAUACUAUUCACUAAAAAAAAAAAAAAAG